AUGGCACGCACUCGUUCCAUGGCCGGCAAGAAGUCGCUCAAGAGCCCUAAGAAGCCUGCACCCAGCAAGAUCAAGAAAUCGAAAAAGCCAGCGAAGCCAGCGAAGAAGAAGAAGAAUCAAUCCAGCUCUUCCAAGGCAGAACAAAAGAAAAGAGUGUCCUGGGACAACACUGAAACCGAGUACUCUGACGACAACGACUCGAUCUCUCUGCCAGACAUCUCCCGUUCCCCAACAUCCUAUAAAGCCCCCAAAGGCAAUCGACGAUACAGCGGGAACAGCAGACUCGUCAACAACAAAGGAAUUUACAACGGCGUGCGUCCCAAAUCCUCUCCAGGUCUAGGACGCAAGACAAGAGAAAACUUCUUCAGCGAUGAAGACGACAGUAGUAGCUGCCACGAAGAAGGCAACGAAUGGGUCCUAUCCUCACCCCGACCCCCCUUCUCCCCCUCCAGAAACCACGGAGCCUCUUCCCCUCGCAUGCAAAUGGAGCUGAAAGCCUUAGAACUCUGCCAGGAACUCUCUCGGCUGCAAGUCAAAUUCUUCCAUGAAGGAUCUCACCACCAAGUCUUUUCCAUGAUUGCAGAGCAGCACCUCGACCUCGCCGUGCAUCUUUUGCUGGACAUGAGAAAAUAUCCCGGAUCCUGGCCGCAGGGACGGAAACCCAUCUCGGCUGAGACGUGGAGGCGGAAGGUUUCUGAUGCGUUGGGGCAUAUGCGAGAUGAGACGGGGGAUGAUGGUUGGGGGAUUGAUUUUGCGGCUCAGCGCGCUCCGUUGUGGGGUAGUGUUGAAGCGCUGGAGGAGAGCUUUUCCUCUGAGUCUCGGCGCGAUCCGUCGUGGCCUAGUGUCGGAGCGGUGGAUGAGAGGUUUAUUGGUAGGGGGAGUGUUGAGCCUGGUCUUGAUUUGUUGUACGAUGAGGAUGAGCCUGAGGAGGACUCUGAGGAUCUUGAUUGGGGACCUAGUGAGGUUCUUAUGUUUACUCCCCAGGACUACCAGAGACCGGACAGGAAGGUUUCGUAUGUCUCUUUGUAA